AUGACUAGGGCUAAAAUAGAACUUGGCGAUGUGACACCGCAUAAUAUUAAGCAAUUAAAGAAACUGAAUACGGUUGUAUUUCCAGUAUCCUACAACGACAAAUUUUACAAAGAUGUAUUAGAGGCUGGCGAAUUAGCUAAACUGGCGUAUUACAAUGAUAUUGUGGUUGGAGCCGUUUGUUGUAGAAUAGAUACGUCAGAGAAUUCCAGAAGAUUGUAUAUAAUGACUCUAGGAUGCCUAUAUCCUUAUAGAAGAUUAGGUAUUGGUACUCUAAUGGUGGAACAUGUGCUCAAGUAUGUUGAACAGGAUGGCAAUUUUGACAGCAUUUUCUUGCAUGUGCAAGUGAAUAAUGAAAGUGCAAUAGAUUUUUAUAAGAAAUUUGGCUUUGAAAUUGUUGAGACAAAAGAAUAUUAUUAUAAGAGAAUAGAGCCUGCUGAUGCCCACGUUCUACAGAAAACUAUUAGGCAACCACAACCUCCACCACUAGUUAAUGGAACCGUUCCUCAUGCGAAAACAAAUGGUCAUGAU